GCGACGUCUGCGAAGAUGGCUGCUGCGUCUUCGUCUGAUUCCGACUGCGGCCGAGCUGAGAGCAACGAGGCCAGUUCGAAAUGGCUGGACGCACACUACGACCCCGUGGCCAACAUCCACACCUUUUCCAGCUGCCUGGCGCUGGCAGAUUUGCAUGGGGAUGGGGAGUACAAGCUGGUGGUGGGGGAUCUUGGCCCAGGUGGGCAGCAUCCCCGCCUGAAGGUGCUCAAAGGACCCACAGUGCUGACUGAAAGCCCAUUACCUGCACUGCCAGCUGCGGCCGCCACCUUCCUUAUGGAGCAACAUGAACCCCGGACACCAGCUCUGGCACUCGCUUCAGGCCCUUGUGUGUAUGUGUAUAAGAAUCUUAGGCCCUACUUCAAGUUCAGCCUGCCCCAGUUGCCGCCAAACCCCCUGGAACAAGAUCUUUGGAACCAGGCCAAGGAGGACCGGAUUGACCCCUUGACGCUGAAGGAGAUGCUGGAAGGCAUCCGGGAGAAGGCAGAGGUGCCUUUGUCGGUACAGUCACUCAGGUUUCUACAGCUGGAGCUGAGAGAAAUGGAGGCAUUUGUGAGCCAGCACAAAUCCAAGUCCAUCAAGCGGCAGACAGUCAUCACCACCAUGACCACCUUGAAGAAGAACCUGGCUGACGAGGAUGCGGUUUCCUGCCUGGUGCUGGGCACUGAGAACAAGGAGCUCCUGGUGUUGGACCCGGAGGCCUUCAUCAUUUUGGCCAAGAUGAGCCUACCCAGCGUCCCCGUCUUCCUGGAUGUUUCCGGCCAGUUUGAUGUGGAGUUCCGGCUUGCUGCUGCCUGCCGCAACGGGAACAUCUAUAUCCUGAGAAGAGACUCCAAGCGCCCCAAGUACUGCAUCGAGCUGAGCGCCCAGCCUGUGGGGCUUGUCCGGGUACACAAGGUCCUGGUGGUGGGCAGCACCCAAGACAGCCUGCAUGGCUUCACCCACAAGGGUAAAAAGCUGUGGACAGUGCAAAUGCCAGCAGCCAUCUUGACCAUGAAUCUCCUGGAGCAGCACUCCCGGGGCCUGCAGGCCGUCAUGGCUGGGCUGGCCAAUGGAGAAGUCCGCAUUUACCGUGAUAAGACCCUGCUCAAUGUCAUCCACACCCCGGAUGCAGUGACCAGCCUUUGUUUUGGCCGGUAUGGGCGGGAAGAUAACACCCUCAUCAUGACCACACGAGGCGGUGGCCUGAUUAUCAAGAUCCUGAAGCGUACGGCAGUGUUUGUGGAAGGGGGAGGUGAGGCGGGCCCCCCACCAGCCCAGGCCUUGAAACUCAACGUGCCCCGAAAGACCCGGCUUUACGUGGAUCAGACGCUGCGAGAGCGGGAGGCUGGCACCGCCAUGCACCGGACCUUCCAGACCGACCUCUACCUGCUGCGCCUCCGGACUGCCCGCGCCUACGUGCAGGCCCUGGAGUCCAGCCUGAAUCCUGUGUCUGUGACAGCCCGGGAGCCCCUCAAGCUGCACGCUGUGGUUCAGGGCCUGGGUCCCACCUUUAAGCUCACACUUCACCUGCAGAACACCUCAGCAGCCCGACCCAUCCUGGGGCUGCUGGUCUGCUUCCUGUACAACGAGGUGCUCUACGCCCUGCCCCGGGCCUUCUUCAAGGUCCCCUUGCUGGUGCCAGGGCUCAGCUACCCACUAGAGACCUUUGUGGAGAGUCUCAGUGACAAGGGCAUCUCGGACAUUAUCAAGGUGCUGGUGCUUCGUGAAGGCCAGAGUGCACCCCUCCUGAGUGCCCACAUCAACAUGCCCGUGAGCGAGGGGCUGGCAGCCGCCUGA